CUAGCCUGCUUGUGCAUAAACGGUAUUCAAUAAUUGUGAGCGAAACACCUUAAGGUUUACCAGCGCUUGUUAAUUGUGAUAAUUUUCUGUGAAAAUAAGUGAGCUUUGGAAUAUACAUACAUAUAUAAGGAGAAAAUAUUUUUAAGAAAAUAAGCAAACUUCAUUGAGAAUUACUGCAGAGGAGAACCAAUAUUUUUUAUUGAAAAACUAAUUUCUGUGUGAAAAAAGAGGUUAAGCACUCUUUCCAAAAUGCAAAUCUUCGUGAAGACCUUGACUGGCAAGACCAUCACUCUGGAGGUUGAACCAUCCGAUACUAUUGAAAAUGUUAAAGCUAAGAUUCAGGACAAAGAAGGAAUCCCCCCAGAUCAACAACGUUUAAUCUUUGCCGGUAAACAACUGGAAGACGGACGUACCUUGUCCGAUUACAACAUCCAGAAGGAGUCUACACUUCAUUUGGUUCUUCGUCUACGUGGUGGUAUGCAGAUUUUCGUCAAAACUUUGACGGGAAAAACCAUCACUUUGGAGGUUGAGCCUUCCGAUACUAUUGAGAAUGUCAAAGCUAAAAUUCAAGAUAAGGAAGGAAUCCCACCAGAUCAACAACGUUUGAUUUUCGCUGGCAAACAGUUGGAGGAUGGACGCACACUGUCCGACUAUAAUAUUCAGAAGGAAUCCACAUUACAUUUAGUUCUACGCUUACGUGGUGGUAUGCAAAUCUUCGUUAAAACAUUGACGGGAAAAACAAUUACUCUGGAGGUUGAACCUUCUGAUACAAUCGAAAACGUUAAAGCAAAAAUUCAAGACAAAGAGGGUAUUCCCCCAGAUCAACAACGUUUAAUUUUCGCUGGCAAGCAAUUGGAGGACGGACGCACAUUGUCCGACUACAACAUCCAAAAGGAGUCAACACUUCACUUGGUAUUGCGUCUCCGUGGUGGUAUGCAAAUCUUUGUGAAGACCCUGACCGGUAAAACCAUAACCUUGGAAGUUGAGCCUUCCGAUACUAUUGAGAAUGUUAAGGCCAAAAUCCAAGAUAAGGAGGGCAUUCCACCAGAUCAACAACGUUUGAUCUUUGCCGGUAAACAAUUGGAGGACGGACGCACCCUGUCGGACUACAAUAUCCAAAAGGAAUCAACUCUUCAUUUGGUAUUGCGUCUCCGUGGUGGUAUGCAAAUCUUCGUGAAGACCCUUACUGGUAAAACUAUUACUUUGGAGGUCGAACCAUCCGACACCAUCGAAAACGUUAAGGCUAAGAUCCAAGAUAAGGAGGGAAUCCCACCAGAUCAACAACGUUUGAUCUUUGCCGGUAAACAAUUGGAGGACGGACGUACUUUGUCCGAUUACAACAUCCAAAAGGAAUCAACCCUUCAUUUGGUAUUGCGUCUCCGUGGUGGCAUGCAAAUCUUCGUGAAGACUCUUACCGGCAAAACUAUCACCCUCGAAGUCGAACCAUCCGACACCAUCGAGAAUGUUAAGGCCAAAAUUCAAGAUAAGGAGGGCAUUCCACCAGAUCAACAACGUCUGAUCUUCGCUGGCAAACAAUUGGAGGACGGACGUACUUUGUCCGAUUACAACAUCCAAAAGGAAUCAACCCUUCACUUGGUAUUGCGUCUCCGUGGUGGUAUGCAAAUCUUCGUGAAGACUCUUACCGGCAAAACUAUCACCCUCGAAGUCGAACCAUCCGACACCAUCGAGAAUGUUAAGGCCAAAAUUCAAGAUAAGGAGGGCAUUCCACCAGAUCAACAACGUCUGAUCUUCGCUGGCAAACAAUUGGAGGACGGACGUACUUUGUCCGAUUACAACAUCCAAAAGGAAUCAACCCUUCACUUGGUAUUGCGUCUCCGUGGUGGUAUGCAAAUCUUCGUGAAGACCCUCACUGGCAAAACCAUCACCUUGGAAGUUGAGCCUUCCGACACAAUCGAGAACGUCAAAGCCAAAAUCCAAGAUAAGGAGGGAAUUCCCCCAGACCAACAACGUCUGAUUUUCGCAGGCAAGCAAUUGGAGGACGGACGUACUUUGUCCGAUUACAACAUCCAAAAGGAAUCAACCCUUCACUUGGUAUUGCGUCUCCGUGGUGGUAUGCAAAUCUUCGUGAAGACCCUCACUGGCAAAACCAUCACCUUGGAAGUUGAGCCUUCAGACACAAUCGAGAACGUCAAGGCCAAAAUCCAAGAUAAGGAGGGAAUUCCCCCAGACCAACAACGUCUGAUUUUCGCAGGCAAGCAAUUGGAGGACGGACGCACCCUAUCCGACUACAACAUUCAGAAGGAGUCUACCCUCCAUUUAGUCCUUCGUCUACGUGGUGGUAUGCAAAUUUUCGUGAAGACUCUUACCGGCAAAACCAUUACCUUGGAAGUUGAGCCUUCAGAUACCAUUGAGAACGUUAAGGCUAAGAUCCAAGAUAAGGAGGGUAUUCCACCAGAUCAACAGCGAUUGAUCUUCGCCGGCAAGCAGCUUGAGGAUGGACGUACUUUGUCAGACUACAAUAUACAGAAGGAAUCUACUCUUCAUUUGGUAUUGCGUCUGCGUGGUGGUAUGCAAAUCUUCGUGAAGACUCUUACCGGCAAAACUAUCACCCUCGAAGUCGAACCAUCCGACACCAUCGAGAAUGUUAAAGCUAAGAUCCAAGAUAAGGAGGGAAUCCCACCAGAUCAACAACGUUUGAUCUUUGCCGGUAAACAAUUGGAAGACGGACGCACCUUAUCCGACUACAACAUCCAAAAGGAGUCUACCCUCCACUUAGUCCUUCGUUUGCGCGGUGGUAUGCAAAUUUUUGUGAAGACCCUCACUGGCAAAACCAUUACCUUGGAAGUUGAGCCUUCAGAUACCAUUGAGAACGUUAAGGCUAAGAUCCAAGAUAAGGAGGGUAUUCCACCAGAUCAACAGCGAUUGAUCUUCGCCGGCAAGCAGCUUGAGGAUGGACGUACUUUGUCCGACUACAAUAUACAGAAGGAAUCGACACUCCAUUUGGUGCUACGUCUUCGCGGAGGCGCAUUCUAAAUUUCAAUAGGAAAACACCAAAUUCAAAAUUGAAGAGUAUUAAUUGUAUCUCGUUAAUUUAGCUCUAUUUUGUAAUUUAACGCUUUUUACAUCAGUUCUGAUUAAAAAUUGAAAUAUACCGUUUUUUAUGUUUAAAAGAAAAUAAAUUAUCUGAUGCACUAUUUCAAGAAUA